AUGGCCAGCUGCUGGGGAAGAUCCCUCCAAAGGCCAGGCGUGGAUGAUGUACCUCAUGUCAGGCAGCCUUUCCUGCAGAUGGUUCAUGCCAGAGAAUCCUUCCCCACCUACCAGACUUGGACUCAGCGUGAGUUCCUCCUCCCCAGAGAGGCCAGAGACUUGCCAGGCUUCACCCAGCAAGCUUACCACAAGCUAGCCCUGAAGCAGCCACCAUACACAGAGAUGAAGUCUAAGGUUCGUCACCAGGCACUCUAUCCUUGGAAGGAUGAAACCAGGCACACCUGGGGCUUUCACACAUGGCUCGAUGUGGGACGUCUGCCUGCCACCUUCCCCACCAGGCCAGACGUACCCUAUGACAGCAAUGUCUGGCGCUGGUUGACCCAUUCCAAUGCCCACCGUCUCCCUACUGCACAACCUGCCAUUCCUCCGCCCUCCUGGAUGGGCCCACACAGCUUCCUGACCUUCAUCAGCACUACCCCCAUCUUCAUGGACGUGAACAGAAAGAACCAAGUGAUUGUGAGAACCGUGAGAGAACUGAAGGAGGUGGAGAAACUCAAGCUGAGGAGCGAACUGAGGGCCCCUCCACUCGAUGCCCACGGCAAUAUUCUGCCCCCACCAAACUUCAAGAAGUCUCAGUUCAUCUCUGAUGGUGGAAGGCUUGAGCCUUGGGACCUCCAGAUCCUACCCAACCCACUUCCCAAUAAUUUCACCAAGAACUGGCCCUGCCCAAACCCGCAGCCGCAUUACCAGGAGAAGGCCCUGAAACUGGCUCGGCUGCCCAGUGUGCCCCUGAGCGAAGACAUGGUGAGGGACUACCAAACCCUGAUAGAGAACCGGGUUGCCAUGCCCCUCUACUACCUGUCCAAGGCAAGACCUGCCAACACAUCAGCGAGAAAUAGGAAAAGCAGCCCUGGAUAUGUCUAA